UUGUUUUCGUUCAGAUGCGGUCCAAGUAGACCAGUCGACAUCUUUGAAACCGAUCGCAUUCCCUCCCGUUAUGACAGAUUUGUGAGUCGCCAUUGUUCACCCCGGGAAUUCUUUGGGCAUUUGACUCAAGUGACCAGUGAAGUAAUUUUGCAUUAGUUCCAUCUUAUAGCGUGACUUGUUUUUGUCUAUCGUAAAGAUGGGCAGUCAGUACCAGCGCUCAGUGCCACUAGAGGUGAGGAGAGCAGAGGGAGAAAGAGUUCGGGCCAAGCAUCCUGACAAGAUACCGAUCAUAGUUGAGAGGGCCCCAAGGUCACGAGCUCCUGAACUUGACAAGAAGAAAUACCUGGUGCCCUCAGAUUUAACAGUGGGCCAGUUGUGCUUUCUGAUUCGUCAGCGUGUGUCUUUGAGACCAGAAGAAGCACUCUUCUUCUUCGUUCACAACUCCUUGCCCCCAUCCAGCUCCCCUCUCUCUGCCGUCUAUGAGGAGCACCAUGAAGAGGACCUGUUUCUCUACAUGACCUAUAGUAAUGAGAGCGUUUAUGGUGCCUGAGGGAGGACAAAAGACUGGAGGAAGAGAUGAGAGGUAGUAAGAGGGGACAGUCCGAUGAAUGAGGAAACAAGGCUGUUUGUAAUCUUUCACACCGAUAUUAUUCGUUAUAAUAUUUGUUUUGACAAGUAACUACAGUAUAUGGUUCAAGCAAGGCUUCGCACAAGGGUAACCUAUCAGUGUUUCGGGGUUGAGCAUAAUUUUAUUACACUUGGUUUUGUUGAUAAUGUUUCAUGUGUUGAAAGAGGAAGAGAACACAUUGUAAAUGCAAGGAAUUGAAAUUGAGACGCAUCUGUUGUGAUGUUGAGAGCUCUCAUUAUCUUUCUCGGUCAUCUGUAUUUAAUGCAAAUAGUUUUUUUUUUGUAAAUUAAUAUCAAACUUUUGUGAAAAAUAAAGAUGAAAAUGCAAAAGUU